UCCUCCCGUCCUUAGGUGGCGAGCAGGCAGCCAGCAGACCGUCUCCAUGAGGCAGCAGUUAGAAGAUGCCGGCUCUGCCAGCGCUGCUGCUGUCGAUACACUUCUCCUCCUUCCUGCUAGUUACCAUGGCACCACGCUCCGGAAGCCAGGCCGCCCUGCUCUCCUCCGUCCGGAUGGCUGCGAUCCUGGAUGACCAGUCAGUGUGUGGGCGUGGGGAGCGGCUGGCUCUGGCCCUGGCCAGGGAGAACAUCAACAGUGUGAUGGAGGGAGGGGCCAGAGCCCGUGUGGAGGUGGACAUAUUCGAACUGCAGAGGGACUCCCAGUAUGAGACCACUGACACCAUGUGCCAGAUUCUACCUAAAGGAGUGGUGUCUGUGAUAGGCCCUGCCAACAGCCCUGCUUCUGGCUCUACUGUCAGUCAUAUAUGCGGAGAGAAGGAGGCCUUCUGCGAUUGGAGGAGCUAGUGCGMCGCUUCCUGAUCUCCAGGGAGACCCUGUCAAUCAGGAUGCUGGAUGACAGCCUGGAUCCCACCCCUCUGCUGAAGGAGAUACGAGACGACAAGGUGGCCACCAUCAUCAUCGACGCCAACGCCUCCAUCUCCUACCUCAUCCUCAAAAAGCUGAUCCAGUUCAUCUUCUAA